AUGAUCAACAGUAGUUGUUGGUUGGUAGCUGUUUUGUUGAUGUUGUGCCUCGUCUCAACUGCAACAUGUGCUAUUGCCUUGGCUGGUAAUAAGAGAGCUGCUCCAUCAACUGCUAUGUGUACUCGUUACACUUCUGCAUCAUUGGUUGGAGAUGUUGAUUUGAGUAAGGUCACUCCAAAGCCUGUUAACUGUCCUUUGGGAUGUAAUUUGUAUACUGUUUCUGGCUCUGCAUUGGGUUAUAAUGGUCCACUUGGGGCUUUGGGUCCUUUGGGUCCUUUGGGUCCUGUUUCCACUGGUACCCCUUACAAUGUUCCUGAUAAUUUUGUUUGGUAUGGAAAUAACUUUAAUACUUACCUUAAGGAAAUGAAUGCAUGUGAUAAGUUAUUGAGCCAUCCACAAAAUCCACUCUCUUCUGCUGGCCCAAUGGGUGAUGCUUUCUUUGAUGUCAUGCCAAAGAUUAACGAUUUCACUAAACACAUGAUGGGUAUGGGAGUUUGGACUGUUUUGGGACCAUUGGGACCUUUGGGCCCACUUGGUGCUUUGGGACCAUUGGGUCCAGUUGGUUGCCACAUGUUGGACGUUGAUAAGGAUGGUCAAUUCGUCAGUAAGAAGGGUGAAGUUUUGAGAACUACCUCAGUUGUUUAUAACUCGUCCCUCACUGUUAACUGGCCUCUUUUCGAAAGAUAUAAGAGUAGAGAAUUCGUUGACAAAUUGUCCAAGAAGGGUUUGCUCGACACUUCUUUCAUGGUUUCUGCUAGUGUUGAUAUUACUGGUCAUGCCUAUGACAUGGUUGUUACUGAACCUCAAUACGUCACUGUCACUGUUAUCCCAACUCUCUGGGCUAAGAACUUCUUCUUGGAAGCUUUCAUUAACGGUAAAUCUGUUAUGAAGUCUGAAAAGCUCUUAUUCACUCCUUGGUUCCAAGUCCACAUUUCUGGAGCUGAUUUGCAAAAUGCUGGUCCAGGUGGAGCUAAAUUGAAGGUUGUCAUUAAGACUGAUCCUCUCGAUUGUGGAAUGAUGUCUGUCUUUGGAUGUACUAUGGAUUACACAAUGCAUGUUGUUGGUUCAACUUCAUUCAUGAUGAGAAAGCCACACCUCAGUUACACUGGUCCACAUAUUAAGCAAUGUGAAUAA